GAACAACUACCAUUCGUCUAUUUUCGAAAUCUCGCGAUCAGCCAGUCAAGUGCAAAAGACACACACUCUUUCCAUUUUCUUCUAGUUGGAUUCAAGUUAAUGAUUAUUAAUUUAUCAUCAUCAUGAAAUCACGUAUCUAAAUCUAGAACAUUAAAUUGAUCUUCAACCACACAAACUACCACCAGUUAGAUUCUCUGUUUCUAUCUCUGUGUCGCACGAUUCGAAUAACAUUUGGAAUUGAAUUCUUCUCCGAAACAAUUACAGUUUGAAUUGAAUACUUCAACAGUUCAACUCAGACAACUCCUCCUCGUCAUCAAAUUCGGAAAACCAACUCAAAUGGCUUGUACUAAGUUUUCCACUUCCGCCUGGGUAAAUUAUCUUCUUCUUCGUCAUCGUACGGUGAAGCCUUUGAAUACUUGUGUCUUUAGAUUUUAGGGUUACGCGUCGCAUCAUCAUCAGUAUCGUGUAGGAGGAGGAGAUACAUUAGCUACGCCAUGGCGCCGAGGAUAGAAAUAGAUGGAAUUGAUGAUGAGUUAUCAAGAAUUAUAAACUCUAAUCUGGAUCAUGUAUCUGCAAGGCGUCGUUCUCGUGAAGUAUUCAAAGAUAUUCAGCUUGGAAUUGAUCAUUGCUUAUUUAAGUUCAAAGAUGAUGGUUUGAAGACGAAAGAGUUGUAUGAGGUGAAUGCUAGAGGAAUCGAGAUUUUCUCUAAAAGCUGGCUUCCACAGACAUCCCCUGUAAAAGCCAUUCUUUGCUUCUGUCACGGUUAUGGGGACACUUGUACAUUUUUCUUUGAAGGAAUCGCUAGGAAGUUAGCAUCAUUUGGAUAUGGAGUUUAUGCUAUGGAUUACCCUGGAUUUGGUCUUUCUGAAGGUCUUCAUGGCUAUAUAUCUAGCUUCGACGGACUUGUAGAUGAUGUCAUCGAGCAUUAUUCUAAAAUUAAAGAAAGUAUGGAGUCCCAAAAUGUGCCAAGUUUCCUGUUUGGACAAUCGAUGGGUGGAGCAGUCGCUCUAAAGGUGCACCUAAAACAACCAAAUGCAUGGAGUGGGGCUGUUCUUGUCGCGCCAAUGUGUAAAAUUGCAGAAGAUAUGGUUCCCCCACUAUUGGUGAAACAGUUGCUUAUCGCUGUAACAAAUGUCCUCCCCAAAUCAAAAUUGGUUCCUGAAAAGGAUAUAGGAGAGAUGGCAUUUAGGGACUUGGAAAAGAGGAAACUGGCAAAAUAUAAUGUCAUUGCAUACAGAGAUAAACCACGGCUAAGGACUGCUCUAGAGUUGCUUAGGACUACCGAUGAAAUAGAACGUCGUCUGGAAGAGGUUUCUCUGCCUAUAUUAAUCUUGCAUGGGGAGGGUGAUAUUGUAACUGAUCCGUCUGUUAGCAAAGCUUUGUAUGAGAAAGCAAAAAGUUCGGACAAAAAACUUCAUCUAAUUAAGAAUGCUUCUCAUUCUCUUCUUGAAGGUGAGCCAGAUGAUAGUAUACUCGAAGUAUUUAAUGAAAUCAUAUGUUGGCUAGAUGAGCUCACCAUCAACAAAACCUAGUGUUGACCAAUAUUUCCAUUCUUUCAUUUUCUGUACAAUAAUCCAACACCACCAGAUGCUGUAAUUAUCCAAGUGAAGUUAUUUUUUAUUCUCUGAAGAUAGAGUAUAUACCUAGGCGUUGAUUUUAAAUAAUGCAGUUUCAAUUUC